CCCAUCUUUAUUGCCUUCUUUCGUUUUUUUUUAUUUCGCUUUCAUGACAUUCUCUGUCAUCAUCCUGGAAUUUCCACUGGAUCGUUUCCCUGCUGACUCCAGGACUCCCUAUUAAAAGGGAUCUGCAUCCAGCUGCUGCAGACUGCCCCGCAUCUGCCCGAGCUGCUGGUCCUGCUCCGACAGCCCUCAUCCAACGGGAAGAUGAAGCUCUCUGCGGCUGUUUUUGCUCUUCUCCUAAUUGCAUCCUCCUGCUCUCGAGCCUCCUCUGCCCCAGUGGGACCCGACGUCCCGACCUGCUGCACCACUUACAUAACACACAAGAUCCCACGGAACCUCAUCCGGAGUCACUUCAGCACCAGCACCAGCUGCUCACAGCCAGCCAUCAUCUUCAUCACAAAGAAGAAGCGCGCAGUCUGUGCCAACCCCAGUGACCCCUGGGUGCAGAGCUACCUGCGGAGCAUCAAGCAGGACUGAGCGGAGCCGGGCAGGAUGGGACACUGCUGCCAUGUCACCACCACGAGCUCCUGGCACGGAGUGCAGCCUUGGGACGGCUCCAUGAGCCCACGUCACCUGCUUGCAGCUCCUGGGGACUGCAGGAUGGGCACCACACACAUCUCAUGUUGGGCGCUGUUUGCACAGCCCGCUCUGCAGCCCAACAUGUAGCUCAGCACCUCUGCCUGCAGACUAGAAAGGCCCACGGCACAUCUAUUGUUCUUAAGUUAUUUAAAAUUAUUUAAGAAAUUACCAUAAGAAAUAGGCAUUAUUCUCAUCUCUGGAUCGUAUUUAUGGGAGAGUGGUAGGGGGGCAUUUAAGGGAGGGUGGCUCAGAGUUCCAUCUUCAGGGGAUGGGGGUUCUGGAUCACUGUAUGAAGGUGUUGUGAAGAAUAAAGAAUGUGGACAAAA